AUUUAUGUAUUUAUUAUGAACAUAAUAAAUACACACAUUUAUCAAAGUACAUCAAGGCUGUUACCUCAUGGCAGCUCAUCGGGCUAUAGUAAUAGAUUGGAAAUGCAGUUUUUGAGUGGAGAAUAUGUGGAAGAAGGAACAAGAAGCAGCAGCUUAUUCCGAAGGAAUCUUUGAGCUAGGAGGCAGCCAGGACUUCCGCCCGCCUUGCUAUUGUGGCAGGACCACAGCUUAAUGAUUGCGCAACACCUUUGGUAAACACUCACUGAAGCAGACAAAAUUCACCUGGGAGUUUCAUUCUGUCUCGCUUGAGAGGAGGCAGGGACGGACCACACAGCAGUGAGAAGGGCAGGCUCCUGCCUCCUGGGACCGAUCACUACUCAGCAUGUCGCAAGGACUUCUUCUGAAGGCCGCCUUCCUCUUUUCUCUAGUUCCCGUAAAUUCUAUAAAAGAACUCCGUGAAGUAAGGGAGUAUGAAGUGGUUUAUCCAAGAAGACUUCAUCCACUACAUAAAAGAGAGGUCAAGGAGUCAGAUAAACAGGAACAAUAUGAAACUGAAUUGAAGUAUAAAAUGACAGUUAAUGGAAAAAUUACGGUGAUUUAUUUGAAAAAAAGCAAGGAUCUCCUUGCACCAGGCUACACAGAAACGCUUUACAGUUCCACUGGAAAGGAGGUCACCACGAGCCCACAGAUCAUGGAUGACUGUUAUUACCAGGGACACAUCAUGAAUGAAAACAUUUCUGAUGCUAGCAUCAGCACAUGCACGGGUCUAAGGGGCUACUUCAGUCAGGGGGAGCAGAGGUACUUCAUUGAACCUUUAAGCGCCACUCAUCAGGAUGAACAGGAACAUGCACUCUAUAAGUAUGAGCCCUAUGGAAAGAUGAACCGCUCCUGCGGGAUGGAUGACAUGUUAUGGGCACAUGGAUUUCCACAGAAUGUGGCCCCACCUGCCACCAGUCUGGACAAAUCAAAAGACCAGAAGGCUUGGGAACGUGAGAAAUACAUAGAAUAUUAUUUGGUCCUGGAUAAUAGUGUGUUUAAAAAGUACAAUCAAGAUACAGAAGAAAUAAGAAAGAGGGUUUUUGAAAUGGUCAAUUACAUCAACAUGCUUUAUAAGAAACUCAAUACUCACGUGGCCUUAGUUGGGAUGGAAAUCUGGAAUGACAAGGAUAAAAUAGAGAUAAUCCCAAAAGCAAGCUUUACCUUGGAGAAUUUUUCUGGCUGGAAGGGCAGUGUCCUCCUAAGAAGAAAACAUCAUGAUGUUGCUCAGUUACUCACAGCAACAGAAUUUUCUGGAACAACUGUGGGCCUUGCUUACAUGUCUACAAUGUGCACCCCUUAUCAUUCUGUUGGCAUUGUUCAGGACCACAGUGAGAAUGCGAUCAGAGUUGCAUCAGUAAUGACCCAUGAGAUGGGCCAUAACUGCGGAAUGUCUCAUGACUCCGAAGUUUGCAGCUGCUCCUCUUCAGAAUGUGUGAUGGACAGAGCGAUGAGCUUCUACAUACCUACGGACUUCAGUUCCUGCAGCCGCGCCGACUAUGCCAAGUUCCUUGAAGAUAAAUUAUCAAAUUGCCUCUUCAAUGUUCCAUUGGCUGCAGCUAUCAUAUCCCCCCCGAUCUGUGGGAACCAGCUGGUAGAAAUGGGAGAGGAGUGUGAUUGUGGGACUCCUGAGGAAUGUACCAACAUUUGCUGUGAUGCUGAAACAUGCAAAAUCAAAGCAAAUUCUCAAUGUGCGUUAGGAGAAUGCUGUGAAAAAUGCCAGUUUAAACGGGCUGGUAAGGUGUGCAGGCCAGCCAAAGAUGAGUGUGACCUGACAGAAAUGUGUGAUGGUAAAUCCGGUACUUGUCCUGAGGAUAGAUUCCAAGUCAAUGGCUUACCCUGCCAAAAUGGGAUGGGCUACUGCUUCAUGGGGCUGUGCCCUACGCUGCAGGGGCAGUGCACCGAGCUGUGGGGACCAGGAACCAAAGUUGCAAAUAAGUCGUGUUACAGGACAAAUGAAGGCGGGUCAGCAUAUGGGUACUGUCAUAAAGUAAACAACACAGCCAUUCCCUGUAAAGCAAAGGAUGCCAUGUGUGGGAAGCUGUUCUGUCAAGGUGGAUCAGAUAGUAUGUUCUGGAAAGGAAAUGUAGUGACUUUCCUGGCCUGUAAAGCAUUUGAUCCUGAAGACAGCAAUCAAGAAAUAGGCAUGGUAGCCAAAGGAACUAAAUGUGGAAACAUGAAAGUUUGCAUUAAUGCAGAAUGUGUGGAUAUUGAAAGAGCCUACAAAACAAGCAAUUGCUCUUAUAAGUGCAAAGGACACUCCGUGUGUGACCACAAGCUCCAGUGCCAGUGUAAAGAAGGCUGGGCCCCUCCUGGCUGUGAUGACUCCUCCGCGGUCUUCCACUUCUCCAUCGUGGUUGGGGUGCUCUUCCCCAUGGCCAUCGUCCUCAUAGUGGUCGCCAUAGUGAGCCGACAUCAAAGCACCAGAGGAAAGCAGAAGACAGCCCAGAGGCCACUGUCUCCUCCUGGCAUCAGGCCACGCAAACAGAAGAGGAAACCAGAGUCAGUGAAGGCCGUUCAACCCCAGGAGAUGAAUCAGAUGAAUCUUCCUGCACCUGAUCUGCCAGUAGAGAGCAAUGAGCCUCCAGAUUCUUUUCUAAAUACGAAGCCAGAUUUUCCACCACCACCGAUUCCUACGUUUGUAUCAUCUUCCUCUUUCCUUCAUCAAGACACAAAUGCUCUUCCCUCUACUGUUUUUAUGGAUAAGCCCACGUCUGCCCCAGAGGGCUCCAACCCAAAUGUCUGAAGCAAUGGCUAAGCAAGGAUUGAUGGGUAAAUGACCAGCUUGGAAGAUUGGACAAUCUGGAUGGAUGAGAAAUACACUUACUUUCUCACUAUUAUUUGCUCUUGAUACCUAAGGAGGAUAACAUUUUUCGAUUCACGUUAUACUUUGAAGAAAUUAAACAUAAUUUUCCAGGAGAGACGUACUUUUGAGAAUCUAUGAAUUUAAAUUUUCUAUUCUCCAUACUCAUGGGGAGGAAGAUGAUUCUAAAGAAACAGCUAUGAAACUGAAAUCCCUAAUUAGAUGAUUUUCCUAGCCAUGCCCCCCUUCUUUUUUUUACUAUAAUGGUGACAAAUGUUUGUUCAAAUGUUGUGCACACCUUGAUUUUUUUUUUUCAUUUUCGUAGGAAUUAAUUUACCCUCUAAUGAAAACAAAAAUAAGAAGUCACAGGAAAUGGAGGGAUGGGAAAAAAUUUUACAUUCAUUAUUAGAUGACUAGCACCAUCUUGGUUGUUCUAACCAUUAACCUGUCAAAUUAGAACCCUCAGUUAAGGAGAAAAUUAUAUAAACAUUCUCUGAUAUACAUAUCACUUUCCUACAUUAUUGUCCAUGAUCCUUGUGCCAUUUAGUAUUUGAAUAAAACUUUUGCUAAUUAUAAUUUUUUUCAUAGAAAUCUGUAUAAUUCAGUUACUGGCAAAGUUAAAGUAAAUUUUGCUUUCUAAGUAGAGAAAGUUUUAGCUGAAUUAAUUAUAACAUAAAUCAGAGGUUGUUGACUGGUGGCCUGCAGGACAUUACUGGACUGCAGAUUUAUUUUACUUGGCCUGAAUGAUUUUGGCCACAAAGUAUUUUUAAAUGUUUUGAAUUUAUUGCCAAUAUUUAAAAAUCGGGACAUCUUGCAUAAACAUCCAGAUUUCCAGCUUUUUAAAAGUAAUCAAAUGGUUUGUCAACCCUAGAAUCACAUUGCUCAUAGCAACCAUCAGCUUAGUUGACUGGUAAUGGAGCAAACAUUUUUGGUUGCCUACCAAAAAAAAAAAAACCCACAUUCUUUCUUGCUUUCAGAACCCCCGUUUUGUUCAGCUGUCCAUAUUUUAGAAAAGACAAUCCUAACUCUACCUCACAGAUAAAUCUCAAUCACCUAAAUCAAUCAAAAUAAUCCCAUUUCCCUUACCAGUAGUUAUUUUGGAGCUGAGUUUAUAACAACCCCCACCUCUGGGGUUUUUUUGCCAAUGCGGCAACAGAGGAUAUAUACUGGGGAAUUUCUAGGAAAGAUAGAUAACCUUCUCCUUUUUCAGGAUGUUGGCAUCUGGAUAUUCUAUCUGGUAUUGUUGCAGCCAUGCUGUAAAUCUGAGGGCAAGACUGAUGGGCUGAAUAAGAUAGAGUAGAAAGAUAGGAAGAAUAAAAAUUGUUCUUUUAAUGAAAUUAUUGAAAUGGUAGACUGAUAACUGCUGGAGUCCCCUCACAUUUUGUUGAGACUUCUUAUUGUGUGAUCAAUAAAAUUUUCUUACUAUUUAAGCUAUUUUGAGUUAGGUUUUCUCUUUACUUGCAACAAAAAAUGUCAUCCUAACAAGUAAAGUAGAUGGCUUCAUUAUUAGGGCACUGGCAUUCUAUGCCAUUAUUAUCAAUAUGUUUUUUAUACCUGCCCCAUUUUUAGCACCUAGCCUCUCUAAGUCUUCCUUUCCACCAGGGACUUGCCCACAAGAAGUUCAUCAGCCUUUGCAGUGUGAGUUUCUAGAUAAUUCACUCAACCCUUUAAAGUAAAGCUCAAUGCCCAGCAAACCCAAAGUGAUAUAUCAAACCUCUCUCAUGGUAGCAGUCUUUCUGUCUAUGUGGGAGUUGACUCGAGAACAUAUUAGGAACUAUAGCUCUAUCUGCAGUGCGGGGUUUUGGAAGACCCCGCCCUAACUCAAAAUAAAUCCCUAUUUCCAGUAAGGCCAAUCGUAUUUGUAAUGGGCCUAUGAAUCUUUGCUCUGUUUUUGUUUGUUUCUGUGUUUUAAUUCCUGUCCCUGUCUCAUUCUUUUUAAUAAUGAUGAAAUGGAAAUAUUGAAGCCAUGAAUUUUCAAUUAACUACCUAUAUCACCUAAGCUAGAAAAAAACGUGUUCUCCGGAAGUAGCAUCUGAAUAUUCCUGUAGAUUCUGAAAUCAUGGCACUGGAUCCCUGAGGAAGAGAAAACUCAGGCCCCUUAUGGAGACAGAUGUCUUGAGGACAAAGGAAAACCACUCUCUUACCUCAAGAUUUUGUUUCGCAUUGAACUGAAUUGUAAAGCAAAUUUAGAUGGCUUAAAGCAGGCUUUGAAUUCACAGUCCUCUUUCCAAACUAGAUCUGCAAUUUACUACCUUUAAGGGAAUUCCAGACACAUGAUAUUUAACCAUCUCAGGUAUGCCACCAAAGCCUAUUUUUAUAAUUAGUUAUUUCUACCUUCUCUACUUAAAAAAAGAUUAGACUACAGUCUUUUGCAGGUGCUCUACAACUGGAAUGCCACAGGAUUUCUUGGAAUACUCCUCAGCACCUCACCAAGUUACUGCUUAUAUGAAUUUUGGGAAUACCUUUAACUUUGUAUGAAAUACUGAAGUUUGCAUGAGAAAGAAAGCAAAUUUUAGUUGCAAUCAGAAAUUAUGGAAAGGGUAGAGUUACAUUAUUAUUUAAGUUGGUAAUAAUGACACUUAUGUGAUAAGGAAUUGAAGGUGGCCUCUGGCCAAUAGCCAGUGAGGAACUAAGCCCUUCAGUCCAGUGCCCCUUCAGGAACUAAUUCUGCCGGCAAUAAUGAGUUUGGAAGCAUUUCCUGUCCCAGUGGACAUGGGAGAGUGAAACUGUGUGAGAGAAACUGAAGAAGACUCAAGUUAAGUUUUACCCAGUUUCUGCAAACACAGGAACUGUGACAUAGUCAAUAUGUGUUCUUUUAAGCUGCUAUGAGUUGGGAAAAUUUGUUAUGCUGCAAUAGACAACUACUACAAGGCAGGUAGAUAUCAAAUGUUUCAAAUAUUCCAGACAGGUUUAGGCAGAAUUAACCACUGUACUUAACAGAACUUCCAUCACUGCAAACCUUUUCCCUGUCUUUCUCUAUAUAUUCUCUUUCAUUUAUUUUUCUCUCCUUUUUAGAAGUACCGAUUAUCUGCUCGAGAUCUUUAGUAUCCAAUCUUCUCAUGUAUCACGUUCUGUCUCACUUUUGCUUGCCUAUCUACUUAGUAUUUCUGGGGAAUUCCCCAAGUUUAUCUUCCAAAUUUUUGACUAUGCUCUAUCCUGUCAACCCUCCUUUUUGCUACUUUUGAGGCAAUUUAUAAUUGUUUCUUCUAUUUUCUUAUUAACAUUCUCUUUUUCCUAUCUCACAUUAGUAUUAUAAAGGCCUGCCAAUGAAUUGUUUUUGCCUUUUGUUUUCAGAAUUUUACUUUUCAGUUUAAAUGAACAAAGUAAAUUCUGUCUAAACUUUAUUAGUGUUUCUAAAAGUAACUGUUUUUAGAAGUACAUCCUUCUUCAGCCCCUGGAGUUCUCUGCUUCCAGUCUUUCAUAGACACAAUGUUUCAUAGGUGUUACAUUGCUAUUUUUCACUUGUCUUACCACCUUUUUAUUUUAAAAGUUCUAUCUUGGCACAUAAUAUUCUCACAUUUUAUAUAUUUGAUGAUAAAAUCCAUCUCUUGAGCUAAAGAACUUUGGUACACUAGCAUAUUGGUGAAAUCUACCAUCUUUACAGAUUGUAAACUGUACAGUCCUCUUAUCUAUAGGCACAGUGUUGUACAUAUCAUCUCUAGAUCAUAGUCAUCUUGCAUAAUUGAUAGUUUAUGCCUGUUGAUUAACAACUUCCCAUUUUCCCUUCCCAACGCGUCAACCACAAUUCUAUACUUUGCUUCAAUGAGUUUGACUAUCUUAGAUACCUUAUAUAAAUGGAAUCAAGUGAUAUUUGUCCUUCUAUGAUUGGCUUAUUUCACUUAACAUAGUGUUCUCCAGGUUUAACCAUGUGGUUGUAUGUAACAGGAUUUCCUUCCUUUUUUAAGACUGACUGAUAUUCCAUUGUAUGUAUAUACCACAUUUUUAAAAAUCCAUUCAUCCAAUGGUAGACAUUUACCUUGUUUCUAUAUUUUGAGAAUUGUGAAUAGGGUAGUAAUGAAUGUGGGAUUGAAGAUAUCUCUUCAAGAUCCUGAUUUCAAUUCCUUUAGAUAGAUAUCCAGAAGUGGGAUUUGGGGAUCAUGUUAUAGUCUUAUUUGUAAUUUUUUGAGGGAGCUCCAUGCUGUUUUCUGUUGUGGCUGCAUCAAUUUACAUUCCUACCAACAGUACACAUGGGUUCCCUUUUCUCCACAUUCUUGUCAACUCUCAUUUUCUCUGUUCUUUAUUAUAACCAUUCUAACGGGUGUGAGGUGAUG